UUAGGUUUCGGUUUCAGGUUUGGUUUGUCAUCUGGCAUUUCUCAAACAAAACUCACAAAACUGCAACUCCAACCCAACAAACUUUUGUCAACAGCUACAUAAUUUUGACAUUUUACUUGUUCGGUUCAAAUUACAAUGAGUGUCGGGAGGUUACCGGCUUGUGUCAUAGAUGUAGGAACUGGGUAUACCAAACUGGGGUUUGCCAAUAAUAAAGAACCUCAAUUCAUCAUUCCAUCAGCGAUUGCUGUUAAAGAAACCGCUAAAGUUGGUGACCAAGCUAUCAGGAGGUUGACAAAAGGAGUGGAGGAUUUAGACUUUUACAUUGGAGAUGAAGCAUUUGGUGCUACUGGAUAUGCUGUUAAGUACCCCGUCAGACACGGGUUGGUUGAAGACUGGGACUUGAUGGAAAGAUUCUUGAAGCAAUGUAUUUUCAAAUACCUCCGAGCGGAGCCAGAAGAUCACUACUUCUUACUCACUGAGCCCCCACUCAACACGCCUGAAAACAGAGAAUACACCGCAGAGAUCAUGUUUGAAACGUUCAAUGUGCCGGGGUUGUACAUCGCUGUGCAGGCUGUACUCGCUCUGGCUGCCUCGUGGAUGUCUCGCACCAUCGAGGAGCGAACACUGACUGGCAUCGUAGUAGACAGUGGCGACGGAGUUACCCACGUAAUUCCGGUGGCGGAAGGGUACGUGAUUGGCAGCUGUAUCAAGCAUAUCCCCAUAGCUGGGCGCAACAUCACAUCCUUCAUACAGUCGCUGCUGAGGGAACGAGAGGUCGGCAUUCCUCCCGAGCAGAGUCUGGAGACGGCCAAGGCUAUCAAGGAGAGGUAUUGUUACAUCUGCCCUGAUAUCGCCAAAGAGUUUGCCAAGUACGAUGCAGACCCUUCCAAGUCCAUCAAGAACUAUAAGGGCGUCAAUGCUGUUACCAAGAAACCCUUCAGUGUUGACGUCGGAUAUGAAAGAUUUCUGGGACCGGAGAUAUUCUUCCACCCUGAGUUCUCCAACCCAGACUUCACCCUUCCGAUAUCCGACAUCGUAGACAACGUCAUCCAGAACUGUCCGAUAGAUGUGCGUCGUCCUCUGUACAACAACAUCGUGUUGUCCGGAGGGUCGACCAUGUUCCGAGACUUUGGUCGGAGGUUGCAGCGAGACAUCAAGAGAGUCGUGGACGCUCGGCUACGAGACUCAGAGGCGUUGUCUGGAGGUCACAUAAAGCCUAAGAAGAUCGAUGUACAAGUUAUCUCCCAUCAUAUGCAGAGAUACGCAGUCUGGUUUGGAGGCAGUAUGCUAGCUUCUACGCCUGAGUUUUACAAUGUGUGCCACACAAAGAAGAAUUACGACGAGUACGGCCCGAGCAUAUGUCGCUACAACCCUGUGUUCGGCACCAUGACAUAAUUGCCAAGUUACCUUUGAGGUCGUCUUUUAAUCGUAAUAAUUAUUUUAGUGGUACCACAAUGUUUUUUCUAUAUUCUCAAGGACGGUUGUUUCUGAUUAUUUUUGUUAUGCAGUGUUCAUUUUAUCUUUAUGCAUGAAUCAGCUAUUAUCAAUCUAGCAAAAUGACAUAACCAUUUUAUUGUAUUAGAUUAAUUUAGUCAAGAACUUAAAACAUCAAAUCUAAACCACAACAACUUUUAUUUUUAAGGAAAGAUUCGUCAAUGGUUUCAAAAGCUUUAAAAUGAAUUUCCCUGUUAAAAUUAUGGCUUAAGACAAUGAAAACAUUGUGGUAUCAUGUAAUAUAUGGACUUAUAUUCUUUAUGUGUAAAUAUAUUGUUUUCUUUAUUUUCUAUUAGAGAUUCAUCCUUAUUUUAUGUUUGAGCAUUUAUACAAUAUAUUAAAAACAAUAUGCAUUAUCAAUAAGUAUUAAAAAUACAU